AUGGCACAAGAGAUACGUACUGUAGCGAUUGUUGGCUGUGGCGUGAUUGGCAUGGGAUGGGCAGUUCUGUUCCUCUCAAUGGGCUUGAAGGUUAUCAUCUCUGAUCCCGCUGAAGGAGCCGAAGAUGCCCUCAAGGGAUAUUUCGAGCAGUCACGGUCUUACAUGGAAGGAUAUGGAGACUAUGAUAAGCUUAUCUCCAACUACGAAUUUGUUCAUGAUAUCGUGCCACGGCUAGGUGAGGCCGACUUCAUCCAGGAGAAUGGACCUGAGAGGCUAGAUUUCAAAAGAGACCUUAUUGAGAUGUUAGAUCAGCACGCUCGACCCGGUGUUGUGAUAGCUUCGUCUUCGUCAGGUCUGCCAUCUUCGCAAUUUAUCCAGCAAUGCAAGCAGGAUCCUACCCGCAUACUCAUCGGCCAUCCCUUCAACCCCCCUCAUCUUAUUCCCCUAGUCGAAGUAGUCCCGCAUCCCGACACAAGCAGCCAAUCUGUUAACACAGCAUUGUUGUUCUACAAAUCUGUUGGAAAAAGGCCCAUCCUUCUUCAUCACGAAGUGCCAGGCUUCGUAUCAAACCGUCUUCAAGCCGCUAUCAACAAUGAAGCAUACGGUCUCAUCAGCAGGGGAAUUGUCUCCGCGGAAGAUCUUGAUGCAGCUGUUACAUCUGGGCCUGGACUUCGCUGGGCUCUCACGGGACCAAUUGCUACAAAUGCCCUAGGUGGUGGAGGUGGACCUGGCGGUUUUGCAAAGCGGAUGGAAAGGCUUGGACCAGCGAUUCGAAGCUGGGAAGAUGAUAUUUUGAAGCAUAGGUUCGAUUGGAGUCCGGAGAGAAUGUUGGAGCUUCAGAAGGCUACAUGCCCAAGAGAGCUGAUGUCAACCCGUCCCAGAUGA